GAAUUAAUCCAUACUGUGAUCCUCUUUGAUCCACAAGUCGAGCAUGUUGUCCUCUCCUCCGAGUUGGGUUACUUGAGUCAGGCCCAAACCAAUAACCAUAUUCACAGUAACAAACCCCGGUUAAUUACGAUAAUACCUUCUAAACCCGUGCAUCGCACGUGAGCAGUCAGUAUCACACUCAUUCGAACCCUCCGGCUGUAACCACAGCUUUCCAAUUCCGAUCGAUACCGACUUCUUGGUCCUUUCUCCCGAAGGCGGUGGCGAUGGUGACGCUAAGGAUUUAACCCGACAAUGCGAUUUGGGUUUGCGGUGAAGCUUUCUUGGUUGGAUUAUGCGCGGCUGAAUCGGUAUUACUCACCGCCGUCAAUUUUCACAGUGUCGGAGUAGCUAGCACUCAAUAGGAUUCACCAGCAGAUCUCUUCUUCUUGUUGAUUUUUUUUUUGCGCAAUUGUUGUCAACGACAAUGAUGAUGAAACGAUGCAAAAGUUGUGGUCAAAGUUUGAGCAAUGAGGAUAGGGUCAGUGAGUUGCCUGAAGCUUUGCUUCUUCAGUUAUUGUCUUUACUUCCAACAAAGAAAGUUGUAGCCAUGAGUGUCUUGGCUAAACGAUGGAGGUCUCUUUGGAAGAUGGUACCGAGUCUUGAGUUUGAUGAUCGGGUGGUUUCAGAUAAUAUCAGCAAGUGUUUGCUUUCACAUCAAGCUCCCUUUCUACAGAGUUUGCGGCUCGAUAUGGAUUCUAGUUAUGAAUUUUAUAUCCAUCUUGGGAUAUUGGUAGGAAUUGCGUUUGGACUCCAUGUGCGUAAGUUAGAGCUCUACGUUUACGGUGGGGAGAUUUUCAGAUUUCCUAGAAGUUUCUUUAACUCUGAAUCGCUAGAGACAUUGACCCUUGGUCACUACAUUCUUAUAAAUGUCCCUUCUCCGGUUCGUCUGAAGUCUCUUAGAACUCUACACCUUGACGGUGUGAGGUACAAAGACGAUGAAUCGGUUUUUAACCUUUUAUCUAGUUGUAUUAGCUUGGAGAAUUUGGUGGUUCAUCGAUUGGAACAAACUGAUGUGAAGAUUUUCACUAUUGCGGUUCCAUCCUUGCAGAGGCUUACACUUUCUGCUGAAAAUGAUGAUGAGGACUCGGUCUAUGUGAUAAAUGCUUCUGCUUUGAAAUACUUGGAGAUUCAAGGCGUUUUAGCUGAUGAGACUUGUCUGAUCGAGAAUACACCUGAGCUGCUGCAGGCAAGUUUGAGAGAUAGACAUUUUACUAGUUCGGAUGGCCAAAUCAUUUCAGUCUUUGAGAACAUUCUUAGAUCCGUCACAUCAGUCAAACGCCUUUCUCUGGAGAUAUCAGCACCCUCAGAGAUCACGUUUCCUACUGGUAGUAUCUUCUUCCAGCUGGUAUUUUUGAAGCUAUAUACAUUUGAGCCAGAGUGGUGGAAUGUUCUUAUGCUUAUGCUUGAUAGUUCACCUAAUUUACAAGUCCUGAAGCUUAUCAGCAUGGGGUUUCCGCGGGUAGAUCCUGAGGCCCAUAUGAAAUGGAAUAAACCAAAACGUGUUCCCGAAUGUUUGUUGCUCCAUCUCGAGACAUUAGUGUGGAAAGAUUACGAAGGGAAAAUAAAAGAUGAUAAAGAGGUUGCGAAAUACAUACUAAGGAAUGCGAGUCACUUGAAAAAGGCAACUUUCUCCAAUGCAUAUAUUCGUCCUGAAAAGAGACUUGAGUCGUUGGAUGAAUUGAAGAAUGUGGCCAUGACUUCGAAUUCAUGCCAGCUUGUGUUCAAAUGAGACUUGUAUACACUGUUUUUAGAGUCUCUGUUAUGACAAGUGUUAUGUACUUAUGUUAGUUUAACUUGUCUGGAAUUUUAAGCUAACUUUUUUUAUUACCUUAUUUUUUUCCAAAA